AUGAAGAAACGUGAGAUCGUGUUGAAGAUGAGAGUAUUUGCACAACAUCAGUUAAUGUACAAGGCUGAUUUUGUGCUGAUCGUUGAUGUAGUGAAGGUUCUACAUCCACGGAUGAAGAUCAAAGGCGAUGGACAAGUGAUAAGCCAGAGUUUCAUAGUGAACAGGCCUGGCACGGUUUUACUCACCUUUGACAACUCCACCAAGAAGAAGGCGCUGCUUGUUUACAAAUGCUGUAGGAAGACUGUUCAAAUUUAA